AUGUGGAAGCCUAAGACUUUGUUUGAUGCAUUUGAAAUUGCUCUAUAUCAAGAGCAGAACUUGGCUAAUUUGUACGAUGGGUUUGGGAUUGAUGCUGGUCAAGCAAUAGCUGGUCAGACUGGAAAUGUUGUACACCCUGUUAGUUCUGGGGACAAGGGUAAUCGGAAAUAUGAGAUGCAGUAUGCUGGUAGUGUGAGCUCUAAUCAGGGAAAUAAUGUAAAAACUAGAAAUGUGGAUCAAAAGUCUGGCUCUGGGAAUCAGUUGGGUAAAGAAAAUAGUAACCCUAAUGGAUAUGGCUCUGGGAAUGGUGGUAUCAAGUUUAAUGGUCACAAGGGUUCCGGAAAUCGAUAUGUGAAGAAAUUGCCGCAGGAGAUGCAAUAUAGGACCAACCAUGGUUUGUGUUACGGAUGUGGAGAACUCUACAAACCAGGUCAUCAUCAAAACUGUAAGAUGAGGGAGUUCAACAUUAUUUGCUGUUUGGAUGCUGACAAAGAGGAAGAAUCAAGCAGCAUCUUAUGGACUAUAGAUGGAGAAUCGUCGAAGGUAGUUCCGGAAGGGAAGGGAAGGCCGGAGCUUGAGUCGUCAAUUACGGCUCAAGCUGAGGUCCAGACCUACAAGUUAUUCAGAUGGAGAAGCCAUGCGCACUUUUUUGGGGGUAAAAUACAGUAUCCGUUCGUGACCUACCUACAAGUCCCUACCCCGAUCGAGGUCUGUUCCGACCGAAGCAUGGGCGAAUCCGACGGCGAAGAAGAAGGCAACCACCGACCGGCAAAGAAGAGAAGACAGGUUUUAUUAACUUCAACACCGCCGUUAAAAGAGGAAGAGACCAAUUUUCGAAUUUUCGAAUCGUACAGAAAAGCCGCCGCUGUGGUGGAAGCGGCGGCGGCCAAGGUAGCGGCGGCCAGGGAAAAAGCUGCAGAGGAAGCGGCGGCUGAGCUUGAAGCCGCGAUGCUAUCAGCCGCUCUGUCGCGUUUGGCGGAGACGCGGAAGCAGCAGCGUGACGAAUCAGGAAAUAAGGAGAAGGGCUGCAGCUUUAAACGGCCAUCAUCUAAUGUGCCUAAUUAUAAGGUCGUGCGGGAGUUUGAUUUGAAUCGAUGGAGUAAGUACUACCAGAUUAUGCACGACGGCCAGGGCUUUGACAUCACCUGGUGUCCUGAUAAUUCCCCCAAAGCAACCAUCAGACCUUGUCAAUUUAAAAAUGAAUUCGGAGACACCAAAACUAAGUUCCAUCAGAUGUGCCAGGAUUGUAUUCACUUCUACAACACAAAACAUGAGGAUGAGGAAUACAAUUACGAUUGGGUGGUUGAGAACGUUGCUUUUUCCCGUCAACAAAUCUCUUCCGUGUAUUAUGUUACCUUCUCAGCUUCUCGAGUGGAUGAUUCCAGCAACCAAAAAACCUUUUUGGGUCAGUAUGCCGUGUAUGAUCUUCAUUGUCAGGCCAAAAAGACGGGGCCGUUCUUUUGCGCUAGGAAAGAUUUGACCCUAUCAGAGUGGAAUGGGAAGAAAGAUGCACCCUGCAAACUUGCUUGCUGUGUGCGGUAUCACAGGUACCCUGUCACUAGUCACACGUAUCUCGAAUAUCGGCGUCAAUCCUGGAAAGAGAAUGGAGUAACAUUGAAGUGCACCCCCUCAAUCCUGGAAAGAGAAUGGAGUAACAUUGAAGUGCACCCCGUCAGUGAGAUGAGCACCCUCCAAGGCCUCGUUUCCUGA